AUGGAGCAAGACGAUCAAGAACUGACCAGGGCCCUUGGACAAGCAGCUGGAAGGAUGGAUCAUGGAGACUUGGAGGAAAGCGACACACCAGGAGCCGGCACACCAGGCCCAUCUCUGUUACCUACUCUGUUGCUCUUUUCUCUCCUUUCCUUCUGCUCUACUCUUCUCAUUCCCGCAUACAGUUUACCUGUCACUACUCCCUACAGAGUACCGCUGAGUUCACCUCAAGAUGCGAUUGACUGGCUGAUAUAUACGUACUUCCGUACACAAUAUUCCAGGGCAGGAAGGGGGAGGGGUGGCUCCUCUCAUCGGAAAGGGUAUACAUACUACAGGAUUAUGGAUGCACCUGCCAGCAGUUCCAGCUUGACUUGCCCCCUCUCUCAAGAGUGUGGUGGUGACAUUGGCUGGUGGUGCGGCGGAGGCAGUCUAGACUUCCAGGCCACCUCAGAACCCAGGCCCUCGGUCUUUCAACACUUGAUUAACACGGAAUUGAUUGGACAGCAACAUCUGACGGUUGCGGCCGUUCUUCUCUUGUUCUCCUCUUGCUUCUACGCUUCUACGUUUCUCCCCUCGCCUCCGCCUGGUGAAGCACCACUCAGUGUCAGGAGCGACGACAAGAUGCAGAGUGGCAUCCGUCGGCUCGGGCGUGUAGCAAUGGUGGAGGUGCUACUGGGCUACCUGGUACUUUUCGCAGAGUGGCAAUGUGGCGAGGACAGGACGGGACGGGACAGGGCUGGGGCUGUCAUCCACGCUGCUGGAAAGACUCCAGUUCAAGGACAGAGAGAGAGAGAGAAAGAGCGGAGGAAGACGGUGGGAAUCCUGAUCGUGUUCAAUCUCAAAAGGGGCGUGGGAUGUGGUGAGCGGGGGCGCCGCUUGACCUCCGUACACAGUAGGCUGUUUGACAUUGAAGGUCAAGUUUCCCCCGAGUGGGUUCCUGCUCUUUUUUCCUCCUUGCCUUCUACACUUCCUAUUCGGGCUCACAUACAAACUGACGGUGAAGGGAUGACAGGACUGACUGGAGCUCUCUGGCCGAUGAUGCUGAUCAAUCAUCCAACCCACCACGAGAUGGAUACUCUCAACGACCUCCUAAUAGCAGAAUCCGAGAGAAACAACUAUCGCGGGCCCAUGGCAUGA